AUGAAAAGGAAAAUCAUUAAAAAAGUAACAGUAACAACAACAACAAAAACAAGAACUAUUAAAAGAAUUAAAAAAACCCCUGCUACACGAACAGAAAUCCCAAGCGUCACAGGAAAAAUUUUUAUAUUUGGUUCAAAUGAAAUUGGACAGCUGGGCUUCGAUCCUGAAGCUAUUGGCACGGUCAAAAGACCAAGGGUACUGGAAUCUCUGGGCAAAAGCAUAGUUGCAAUAUCUAUAUCAAGCUUACAUAAUGUUGCUAUAGAUAAUCAAGGAAAGGCAUACAGUUGGGGCUGCAAUGAUGAAGGUGCUUUAGGUAGAAAUACAGACAAAAUAGAUGAAUUCACUCCUGCCCAGGUUGAAGGAGUAGACGAUGUUGUAAUUGUUAAAGCGGCGUGUGGUGAUAAUAUAACAUUUUUAUUAUCUGAUGAAGGCGUUCUUUAUGCAGCAGGCACUUACUUUGAUGAAAACGGACAACUCGGAUUUUCACAAGAACAAUUAUUUCAAAGACAAAAAACAUUCACUAAAUAUAAACCAGUCCAACAUCUUAAGUUCAAUGAUGUUGCUUGUGGUGAAAAUCAUACCUUAGCAAUCACAAAAAAUCAUGAGCUGUAUGUCUGGGGGUGGGGUGGAAUGUUCCAACUUGGAAGAAGAUUUAAUCCUCGUCUACAUGGAAAAGGCUCAGGAUUAGCACCAGAACGUAUCAUGAAAAACGUUAAACAAGUUUUUUGUGGUAGUUGGAAUUCGUUUGUUAUUGAUGAAAAUAAUAAAUUAUACGUAUGGGGACUUAACAACUAUGGUCAAUGUGGAUUUGAUCCUAAAAAGAAGGAAUCAGUAGUAUGUCCUACACUACUCGAUCUUGGUUAUGAUGGUACUGUUAAAGAAGUUGCUGCUGGACAGCACCAUGCAGUUAUACUGUUUGAAGAUGGUAAGAUGUUUUCUUUUGGAAGAUGCGAUGACGGUCAAUUAGGCAUUGAUAAUGAAAUUGUGAAUUAUAGAAGUGUAAAGGCAUGGAACAAUAGCAAUAUUGCUAUUUCUUAUGACAAUUUAGUAUGGUCGUGGGGUGCUGGUGAGUCCUAUAACCUUGGUCAUGGACAAGAAAAGAAUGAACCAUUACCACGUAAAAUAACUUCCAUUGAUUUAUCCAAUCACCACAUAAUUGAUGUUGGAGUUGGCUCACAACAUGGUGCAAUAUUAGUCCAUGAAAAUGGCAAUUAA